AUGGUUGAAAGCCCCCCUUCCUGGUUAAAACCUUUUUUGCCUCCCAAACCAAUAGGAGCCCAGGUGCUGGCAGUGACUCAGCCUAUGGACUCCCAUGGCCCGGUGCCAGCACCAUCAGCUCCUCCUAAACCUAUUCUGUCCAAGGACCGCAUUUAUCCUUCCCUCAUAGAUCUAGAUGUAGAAGAGGUCCCUCCUCCCUUAUGCUCCUCCACCGGGGCUAACGGCCAGCGAUCCUACCAAUACUGGCCUUUCUCCUCCAGUGACCUCUAUAAUUGGAAAUCCCAGAAUGCUCCUUUCUCUGAGAACCCCAAGGAAUUAAUUGAUCUCUUAGAUUCUGUCAUUUUUACUCAUAAUCCCACUUGGGAUGACUGUCAACAGCUUUUGAAGGUUCUUUUCACAACCGAAGAAAGAGAAAGGAUCCUGGCAGAGGCUCGGAAGCUAGUCCCGGGCGUUGAUGGGUGGCCCACCACUCAGCCUAACCUCAUUAAUGAAGGAUUUCCCCUGGACCGUCCCACUUGGGAUUUCGACCAAGAUCAAGGUAGGGAGCGUCUUCGAGCUCACCACCAGGUUCUAAUGGCUGGUCUCCGUGCUGCGGCUCGAAAGCCCACUAAUUUGGCAAAGGUAAAUGCAGUCAGGCAGGAAGCCAAUGAGACUCCAGGAGCUUUUCUUGAGAGACUCUAUGAGGCCUUCAGGCAAUAUACUCCUAUGGACCCCUUAGCCACAGAAUCCAGGGCCGUGGUAGUCUUAGCUUUUGUGAACCAAGCAGCCCCUGACAUUAGGAAGAAGUUACAAAAGAUAGAGGGGCUCGGAGGACAGUCAGUGCAGGACUUACUAAAAGUAGCAGAGAAAGUGUAUAACAACCGGGAGACACCAGAAGAACGAGCAGUCAGGCUCAGGAGGGAAGAUCAGGAGAGAAUGGAGAAAAUUAGACAAGAAGAUAGGGAAUUUCAAGUUAAGGAAAAUCAAAGACACCAGAAAGAACUAGCCAAGAUAUUUUUUGCAGGUGCCAGGGAGGGACCAGAAAAGGGGACGACCGUGACUAGGGCCCUACUGGAAGCGCCGGCCUUAACGCUGCCUGAUCCGACCAAGCCUUUCCAGCUAUUUGUAGAUGAAAGAAAGGGGGUAGCUAAGGGGGUAUUGCUCCAGAUUCUGGGACCCUGGCAAAAGCCGGUUGCUUACUUAUCAAAGAAAUUGGACCCUGUCAUGGCAGGAUGGCCUCCGUGCUUACGGGUCAUAGCUGCCACGGUGACACUAGUACAUGACGCUGACAAAUUAACCUUCGGACAGCAACUAGCAAUCACCACCCCCCAUGCAAUAGAGGGAAUAUUAAGGCAAGCCCCCGGUAAGUGGCUAACCAACGCCCGGCUGACUCACUACCAAGGCCUCCUAUUAGAUGCGCCCCGGGUCAUGUUUGAGGCCCCGGCUACCCUGAACCCCGCCACCCUACUCCCUGUACCUGACCUAGAAGCCCUGCUACACCACUGCUCAGAAAUCCUAGCUGAGGUGACAGCGGUUCGAAGAGACUUACGGGACCGGCGGUUAAACAAUUCUGACCUGACUUGGUAUACAGAUGGGAGCAGCUAUGUAGAGCGAGGGGAGCGAUACUCAGGAGCGGCAGUGGUAGAUCAGAAAGGGAAAAUAGUCUGGGCCCAGGCGCUACCAAGAGGCACAUCAACCCAGCCAGCAGAACUGAUAGCCCUUGCUGAAGCCCUCGAGUGGGCAGAGGGAUGGAGACUCACUGUUUACACAGACAGCCAAUAUGCCUUUGGAACUGUACAUCUCCAUGGGGCAAUCUAUCGGGAGCGAGGUUUCCUCACUGAGGAAGGAAAAGAGAUUAAAAACAAGGAGGGCAUUUUACAGCUACUAUUGGCGGUACAGAAACUGAAAGCCGUUGCCAUCGUACACAUCCCCGGCCAUCAGAAGGGAGGAGCUCCGGAGGGAGCAGGAAACCGGGCAGCCGAUGCUGCAGUGAGCGAGGCAGCGAAAAACUGCGCAACUACCAUUCUGAGUCUGCAGCUCCCACCACCAAGCAUGGGUAAGCUACCCCUCACCCCCUUGUAUUCCAAGGACGAUAUCCAGUGGGUCACUCAGAAGGUAGACGCCGAGGCUGGGUCGGACCUCUGGUAUCGAGACCCUGAAGGGAAACUGCUGCUGCCAGAGGACCUAGGAAAACAUCUAAUCCUACAUCUGCACCAGACUACACAUCUAGGAGAAAAGAAAAUGGGCUACCUCUUAGAGACCGCCAAGCUCUGGUUUCACCAUCAAAGAAGGACUCUCAGAGAAACGAUCGACCAGUGUCGUAGGAGGGAGAGAGGGUGGAAGCCAGGAGUAAGCUGGGAGAUAGACUUUACAGAGGUAAGGCCAGGAAGGUACGGAUAUAAAUAUCUACUAGUACUAGUUGACACCUUUUCUGGGUGGGCUGAGGCAUUCCCCGUAGUAGCAAAGAAAAUUUUAGAAGAUAUCAUCCCACGAUAUGGGGUGCCUGAGAAAAUAGGUUCAGACAACGGCCCUGCUUUUGUCAGCAAAAUCAUACAGGGUCUGUCCUGGACCUUGGGGACUGAUUGGAAACUACAUUGUGAAUAUAAUCCCCAAAGUUCCAGGCAAGUAGAAAGGAUGAAUAGAUCAAUCAAGGAGACUUUAUCUAAAUUGGCAAUAGAAACUGGCAGGGACUGGGUCAUGCUCCUACCUUAUGCCCUGUUCUGGGUUAGAAAUACCCCAUAUGUGCUUAACCUCAUGCCAUUUGAAAUCCUUUAUGGUAGCCCCCCACCAGAACCCAAGGGGGAGGUUCAGCCAGAAUCCGCCAAGCUUACAAAGGCCAUCACGGCAUUAAAAGCUAUCCAGAAGGAGAUCUGGCCUGCCAUCGGGGUGGCACAUAGGGGUUCGGAGCCGAUUCCUGACCCAAAACAUGAGAUUGAGCCCGGAGACUGGGUAUGGGUGCAGAGUCAUCAGACAGAAACUCUAGAACCUCGCUGGAAAGGGCCUUAUAUUGUGCUUCUUGUGACCCCUACUGCCCUCAAGGUUGACGGUAUAGGUUCCUGGAUUCACCACUCCCACAUCAGGAAGGCCAGUGCCUGGGAACAGGAGGACGCCCGAACCAGCUGGAGAGUUGAGCCCCAUCAAGAGGACCCACUGAAGCUUAAGAUAAGCAGAAAGAAUGUAUAA